AUGGCCGAUGCCGAUGCCUGCCAAUACGGAGUAACUUGUCCAGUGGAAGAAGGCAAGGAGUAUCUCUACGAGAAGGGUAUUGAAAUCAUUCACAAUUAUCCCAAGGUCCAAAGACUGGUUGGACUUGGUUCAGCUGAUGAACAAGAGACCGAUUUAAUGAUUGGUGUUCAGUGA